AUGGCGAUCGCACACAACCAGCAGAUCCCCCACAACCAAGAGCGACGACGACAUAUCGAGAACACCACAACUGACAAACACGAAACAGACUUCCGCAAGGAUUGGCAGCGCCGGGUCCGGACGCACUUCGACCAGGCCGGCAAGAAGCACAGCCGCCGUGUCGCCCGUCAGGCCAAGGCUGCUAAGGUUGCUCCCCGUCCCGUCGACAGACUCCGCCCCGUCGUCCGAUGCCCUACGAUCAAGUACAACCGCAAGCUCCGUGAGGGCCGCGGUUUCACCCUGGCUGAGCUCAAGGCUGCUGGCAUCCCCCGCCUCUACGCUCCCACCAUCGGCAUUGCCGUCGAUGGCCGCCGCCAGAACCUGAGCGAGGAGUCCCUCGCCGCCAACGUUGCCCGCCUCAAGGCCUACAAGGAGCGCCUCGUUGUCUUCCCCCGCCGCUCCAACAAGCCCAAGCAGGGUGACUCCAAGGUCGAUCUCUCCAAGACCGAGACCAUCACCAACAUCUCCGCCGCCCUCCCCAUCGAGAAGGUCGCCUCCGGCUUCUCCGAGAUCGCCAAGUCCGACGUCCCCAAGGCUGCCGAGGGCGGUGCCUACCGCACUCUCCGCCUCGCCAGAGCCGAGGCCCGCAACCAGGGCAAGAAGGAGAAGCGUGCCCGCGAUGCCGCCGAGGCCGAGGCUGCCAAGAAAUAA